CCCCUCCCUCCGCCCUCUCACCUUUCCCGCCCCACGCGGGCCCCGACGUUCCUUAGCCAACCGACACUCCUUUAGACGUGGCAGCCAUGCUCUCCAUCGUGCCAGUCUACCUCGCGCUCGCCGGACUCGCGUCUGUUGCGUCCGCCCACAUCGCCUUCUGGCACAAGUCUAUGUACGGUUUCAAUGUGACCGACAAGACGUUCCCUUAUGACAACCGUCCGCAAGUCCCGUUGUACAACAUGGACUUUGACCAAUGGUGGCUGCAUGGUCACAAAGACUACCCUCCCAACGAGGGCGAUUUCUUCGAGCUCCCUGCUGGUGGUAAAGUCAACUCCGAACUGUCCUGUGACAAGGGCGCUACCUCCAACUGGCCCUCCUCGCAAGGUGGUGAUGUUGGCUACGGCAGCAACUGGCCCUGCCCCGGCGCCCAGCCCUCUGCCUUCCACACGACUGGCGAAAGCGAUGUGAAGGGUUGCGCGCUCGCCAUCGCCUACCAGUCCGAUGUGAACGCCCUGCAGCCCGACGACUUCACCAUCUUUUCGGUCAACCACACCUGCGUCUGGUACCUCAACACCGAGUUCGAAGUCCCCAAGCUGCCAGCGUGCCCCGAGGGCGGAUGCCACUGCGCCUGGUUCUGGAUUCACUCUAUUGACAGUGGUUCCGAGCAGAUUUACAUGAAUGCCUUCAAAUGCAAGGUCACCGGCGACGCUGGAAACCAGCCCCUCGGCAAGCCCGCCCUUCCGCGCCGCUGCGGCGCCGACCCUACCAACGGCCGCCCGAACGCUACUCCUGGUAACUGUACUGUCGGUGCCAAGUUGCCUAUGUACUGGUACCAGAAGGAGGGCAACAACAUGUUCGAGGGCACAUACGAGGCGCCGUACUACAACGACCUCUACGGAUUCUCUGAUGGCGCUCAGAACGACGUCUUUAAUGACGGCGUGAUCGCCUCACUCGCGAGCUUCAGCGUGUCUUCGCACGCUGCCUCCGCGACCAGUGCAGUUGCGUCGCAUGCUUCUAGCAUUCUCUCUUCAGUGCCAACCUCUGUCCAGCACUCUUCGAGUGCUACCCCUACAUCGCAGGCUGCUCCUUCGACGCAUGCUGCGCCGUCGAGCAGCGCGGCCCCUCCGCCAUCUGAGACGCCUUCUGCUACUUCUACCACAAGGUCCUCCAGCUCAACUGGCAAGUGCAAGCCUCGGGACAGCAAGAAGAAGCGCAGCGAGAACGCGAAGCGUCACCACUCGCGGCAUCUCUCCGGCCUCCACCACUAAGCCGACCGCCCUCCCCAAGAAUAAUCGCCGCUCGUAUGUAGCACUACACGAUACCCGCGCUUGCGCCUUCUGGAGGGUCCGGCAGGCUUGACGUGCUGUCGGCCCACGCAGCCUUGGCUGCAAUUGUUCAUCGUGCUCUUCGUUCUUUCUGUCUCCGUCCUUCUGUAUACUUCUUGCGAUCAUCACCGCGCCGGGUUGCGCCUCGUGGGGCGGCGCGCCCGGUUCGCGUCGCCGGCGCCCUGCGCUGCUAGUCCGAUCUGUCCUUGCGGCCGUAGCUGCGUACCUACUGCUCUGUUCUAGUCAGUCCUUGUAAACAACAAUGUGAAGUCUCCCG